UUCUACAACCAUUUUCAUUCCUCCAAAAACUCAAAUGGAUGUUUUUGUUUUAUUUGUCGACUGGGAAGUGUUUUGAUGUGUUGUUAAUUACACUACACUACGAUUUACAACCCAAAUGCAAUGAGUAGUUUCAUUUUUGUAAUCUCUUGUAGUGUUUGUGUUACGUUUGUUUGCUAAUUUUCUGAAAUUUUACGUAGAAUAUUUAAAUACUUUUUAUUGCGUAGGUUAUGUUAUUGCAAAGUUCGGUGAAACUAAUGAUUUUUUUAAAAUUAAAUAAAUAAUAAUAUUGCUAUACAGAGUUGUAUAAGUGAGUAUUUUCCAAAUUGAUUCAAGUCUUAUAUAACAGAUUUUACGAGCUUUGUUUGAAAUAUAAUUGUGAACUGAAACAGGAGUGUGCUAAACUCUUUUAGAAUGGACUUAAAAGAGUUUAAAGAGCAAGAAUAUGAUGCACAGUUAUUUGGAUUUACUGUAGAAGAUUUCAUGAUUGCAAUCCGACUCCUUGUCAAGGAUGAGGUGACACAUUUCACUGAUGCAAUGACAACAGCAUUAAUAAAGAAAUAUGCUGAUGAUGAUCCAGAAAUAGGGAGAGUCAAAGAAAUAACCAAAUCAUUGAUUGACCAAUACAUGAAUGCAUCAGUGGAACCUCUAAAGACCUUAGAGACUCAACUGAAAGAUCUACUCCACAUUCCAGCACAUGUGUUACUUCCUGGGGACACCAUCCAGAGAACCCAGUACUCUGCCAGUGAAGAAAAAGAGAUGGACAACCAGUUGUCGGACCUUCUUAUGAGGAUUAAGAGGACAAAGUCGUUUGACGUUGAGCUGCACCAAGAACUGAAAAUAUUGCGUGAUGCACUGCCCUUGCUGACCAGGAUGGUGGGAGAAUGUGAGCGGCUUGUGGCGGAACGUAACGAAAGUGAGAAAGUUUUGGAAGUUCUGAUGCCUUCUGUCGACGAGAUGGUCAACCACAGAUUGUUUUUGCUUAGUUUAAACCAAGACUCUAGUGAUAGUACAAGUGAAUCUGUAGAAAAUUCAUCUUGAAAAUUUAUUCCUCAGCUUUUUAAGUUUAAUGUGUUUUGUACAAGAACAAUAUUUAAUAAAAAUUGCUUUAAAAUUAUAA